AUGUUUUCCGACUCCUCCCUGUCAAAGGCCUUGGGCCUCGUGGCCUUCGCCAGUCUUGCCUCGGCGGGACCUUGCGACAUCUACGCGCAAUACGACACACCCUGUGUGGCUGCUCACAGCACCACUCGCGCGCUCUACAAUUCCUACAACGGCCCUCUCUACGAGGUCGUACGCGGCUCCGACGGCAGCUCCACCAACAUCGCCCCCUUGUCCGCGGGAGGGGUUGCCAAUGCCGGCGCGCAGGACUCCUUUUGCGCCAACACCACCUGCGUCAUCCAGACCAUCUACGAUCAGUCCGGCAAUGGCAACAACCUGACCCCCGCACCACCGGGCGGUGAGACCGCCGGACCUCAGUCCAACGGCUACGACAACCCGGCCAGCGCCAUUGGAGCGCCGGUAACGUUGAACGGGCAAAAGGCGUACGGAAUCUUUUCCUCCCCUGGCACCGGCUACCGCAUCGAGGACACCAAGGGUGUCGCCACUGGCAACGAGCCCGAGUCCAUCUACGCAGUCCUGGACGGCACUCACUUCAACGACAACUGCUGCUUCGACUACGGCAACGCCGAAACAAACGCCCACGACGAUGGAGAUGCUACCAUGGAGGCCAUCUACUUCGGCACCUGCACCGUCUGGGACAAAGGCGCCGGUUCGGGCCCGUGGAUCAUGGCCGACCUUGAAAACGGUCUGUACUCCAGCAACGCGGAGUAUGGAACCAACAGUGCCGACCCAACGCAAAACGACCGCUUCCUCACCGCCAUGGUCAAGGGCGGGACCGACGGCUUUGCGCUGCUCGGGGGCAACGCUCAGUCCGGCGACCUCAGCACGUACUACAACGGCUCCCGCCCCAGCGGCUACCAGCCGAUGAACAAGCAAGGCGCCAUCAUUCUCGGCAUCGGUGGCGACAACAGUGACGGCGCCCAAGGUACCUUCUACGAGGGCGUCAUGACCAGCGGCCUUGCUCCCGCGGCUGCCGAUGCUGCAGUGCAGGCCAACGUUGUCGCGGCCGGAUAUGCCACCACCUCGCUGGUCAGUGGCCCUGCGGUCAACCCCGGCUCUACCGUUACCAUGCGCGUUACCACCCCCGGCUUCACCACCCGCUACAUUGCGCAGAAUGGCACCAGCGGACAAUACUCCUCCUCGGUCGUCACCACCGUCAUCACCUCCUCGAGUCCCAGCUCCCUUCAGCAGUUGGGCCUCUGGAAGGUCGUCGAGGGCUUGGCCCAGAGCGACUGUGUCUCGUUUGAGUCUUCCAUCACCUCGGGCAGCUACAUCCGUCACUACGCCUUCGAACUCUACGUCGACGCCAACGACGGCUCGGCGCAGUUCGCCGACGAUGCCACGUUUUGCCCCAAGGCUGCCCUGAACGGCCAAGGCAACUCGAUCAUGUCGUGGAGCUACCCGACCCGUUUCUUCCGCAACUACGCCGACACCAUGUUUGUUGCGAGUGAAGGCGGGCCGCAGUACUUCGACACCACCAACUCGUACAACAACGAUGUGAGCUACGUCGUCGGCUCCGGCUUUGAGUCUUGA